AGCCCCUCCCUGUUAGCCGUUAGCUCGGUAGCCGGACGGCAGCUGGAGAAGCCGGGAAACGGAGCAGAGAAUCCAGAAGAACCGGAGGACAUGAUACCGGCCAAGGACGACAGAGGACCGCGGUGAUCGGACAGCGAGCCUCCUGCCGCAUUAACCCACUUCCUGGUGCGUUAAAGCGGCAGAAAGCGUCCGAGGAGCGCAGGAAAAACUGGGAACCCCCUGCGAGUAUCCCGGCGCUCCUCCGCCGCUCCAUUGGAGCUUCGUACCCGGAGAAAAGACGGCCAUGCUAUCAGUGCCCGCUAAUCCACGCUGUUAAACACAAAGACUGAGAUCCAGGAUGGGGUUCGGUCGGGAUCUAAGGAAUUCCCACGAGGGAUUAUUGAAGCUGCAGGACUGGGAGUUAAAGCUGCUGGAGACGGUGAAGCGCUUCAUGACGCUGCGGGUGAAAAGUGAUAAAGAGUAUGCCUCUCUGCUGCUCAGCAUGACGCAGCAGAUGGAGAAACAAGAAACUGCCGACUAUGUCAGCACCGUGAGUAAGUCGUGGUCGCAGGUGAUUCGUCAGACGGAGGCGUUGGGUCGGAUAAUGAGAAGUCACGCCGACGAUUUGAACUCGGGGCCACUGCACCGUCUCGCCACGCUGAUCCGGGACAAGCAGCAGGUGAAGAAGAGCUACCAAAGUCUUCAUCAGCAGCUGGAGAGCCACAUCCACAAGGUAACCAGGACUGACCUGGAUAAACUGAAGGUGACGUAUCGUCAGUUGAGCCGUGAUGCCAGCAACACCAAAGAGAAAUACAGAGAGGCUGUAGCCAAAGGCCGUGAGGUGGAGCGUGCCCGCGACCGUUAUGACAAGGCUAUGGGAAAGCUCCACAACCUUCACAACCAGUAUGUGCUCGCGGUGUGCAGCGCCCGGACGCAGCAGGAUGAACACCGCUGCCAUGCCGCACCCGCCCUGCUGGACGCUCUGCAGAGGAUGCAGGAAGACAUGACACUUGCCCUGAAAAGUAUUCUUGAGGAGUACUGUGAGAUCAGCAGUCUUCUCUCUGAGGAGAUCGUGAAGGUCCAUCAGGAGAUUGCGGCAGCAGUUGAGCAGAUCGAUCCUCUUGCCGAGUAUCAGCACUUCAUCGACGCCUACAGGUCUCCGGAGACGCCAGAGGCGACUGUGGAGUUUGACGCAUCUCUUUCGGAGGAGAUGGACAACCUGCCGGCCAAUGAGAUUUUGUGGAACACGCUGACAGCCGAAAGCUUGAGAGCCAAGUUGUCGUCGGCAACAGAGGAGCUGCAGCUGACUCAGCAGAAUCUGCAGGGCAAGGAGGCGCUGGCUGACGACCUGGACAACAAAAUCCAGACGAGUCAGCAAAGUGCGGAGAAGAAGAGCGACUGCGUCCUGCUGCUCAGUCAGAAACUCUCUCUCCUCGAGCUUCGGCACGCUGUCCAAUCACUGCGCAGCUCAGAGGCAAGCCUUGCCUCCCAGAAGGCCUUGCUCGACGCCAAGAUGGCAGAUGCUGCUGCUUCCCCUCCCCCGGCACCACCACCCCCGGCACUGCCAUACGAGGACGAUACUCGCUCUGUCGGAUCAACUGACAAAGUGAAGGACCGUGGAUCUCGGUUCGACACUCUUCGUCACUCUCUGGCUGGGAUGAUUCGAUCUCCCAAAGCAAUGCUGGGCUCCUCUACCUCGCAGUUCUUUGAUGUGAUCCCCACAUCGGAACGCCCUCUAGCAGAGCAAGAGUGGUACCACGGCGCCAUCCCCCGCAUUGAGGCUCAGGAGUUACUACGGCAACAGGGAGACUUCCUCGUUAGGGAGAGCCAUGGCAAACCGGGCGAGUAUGUCCUGUCUGUGUUUUCUGACGAUCAGAGACGUCACUUCAUCAUCCAGUAUGCUGAUAAUCAGUACCGUUUUGAGGGGACGGGCUUCACCACCAUCCCUCAGCUCAUUGAGCAUCACUUCACCACCAAGCAAGUCAUUACCAAGAAGUCUGGAGUCGUGCUGCAAAACCCCGUUGUAAAGGACAAGAAGUGGAUCCUGAACCAUGAGGAUGUGGUGCUGGGGGACCUGCUGGGAAAGGGUAACUUUGGCGAGGUGUACAAAGGGACUCUGCAGCGAGACAAAACACCGGUUGCCGUGAAAACGUGUAAAGAGGAUUUGCUUCCAGAGCUGAAGAUCCGCUUUCUGUCUGAAGCCAGAAUCCUGAAGCAGUAUGACCACCCGAACAUUGUGAAGCUGAUUGGCGUUUGUACCCAGCGACAGCCGAUCUACAUUGUCAUGGAGCUCGUUCCUGGUGGAGACUUUCUGUCAUUCCUGAGAAAGAAGAAGGAUGAGCUGAAGACCAAACAGCUGCUUCGCUUUGCAGUUGAUGCUGCGGCCGGGAUGGCGUACCUGGAGAGCAAAAACUGCAUCCAUAGGGACCUGGCAGCGAGGAACUGUCUUGUCGGGGAUAACAGCGUGCUGAAGAUCAGUGACUUUGGGAUGAGUCGUCAGGAGGAUGACGGCAUUUAUUCUUCUUCUGGACUCAAACAGAUCCCCAUAAAAUGGACUGCACCUGAGGCGCUCAACUAUGGUCGUUACAGCUCAGAGAGCGAUGUGUGGAGUUACGGUAUCCUCCUGUGGGAAACCUUCAGUCUGGGGGUAUGUCCUUACCCGGGGAUGACCAAUCAGCAGGCUCGAGAACAGGUGGAGAAAGGUUACAGGAUGGCUUGCCCUCAACGUUGCCCUGACGAUGUGUACAAAGUGAUGCAGCGCUGCUGGCAGUACAGCCCCGAGGACCGGCCCAAGUUCUCCGAGCUGCAGCGGGACCUUGCCGCUAUUAAGAAGAAGUGAUGAGGUUGAUGAGGCCAGUCUGAGGACACUCCCUUAAAGUGUAAGAUCGCCAAUCGCAGACUCCGAGAUCAGAACAUGAAACACUGCAUUACAGGAAGGACGCCAGCCUCGAGUCAAGAAACUGAAUGAGUAAUUGAUCGAUUGAUCUACACUAAAUGAUAAACAAACAGAGUAAACAAACACUGAAUCAAUAACAACACUACAA